ACAGAGACGCAGUGCAUGCGUGUGCGCGCGGCUCGCAAAGCGGAGAUCUGCGCGCCACCGGAGGAUCCCUGAGCGCUCCAAGACGGCGCUGCAACUCCCUUAGAAGACUGUGUGAGUCCAGUGUGAAAAGAACAUUACAUCAGCAGCUGAUAACAUCGUCCACCGCCUGUUUCAGGCAGUUACCGAAACCAAAAUGUCUUCUACAGAUCCUUAUCAGCAAAUUAUGGUGGAACACCAGUAUUCGCACAUCUUUACCGUGACGAUUAAGCAAGCCAAGAAUGUCACCAAAGGGUCUUUUGGCGACAUGCUGGACACUCCUGACCCCUAUGUGGAACUGUUCAUCCCAACAGCCCCAGAUAGCAGAAAGAGAACGACACACAUCAACAACAACGUGAACCCCGAGUGGAACGAAACCUUCGAAAUAAUUUUGGACCCCAAGCAGGAAAAUGUUUUGGAGGUCACUCUUAUGGAUGCAAAUUAUGUGAUGGAUGAGACAAUUGGUACAGCAACGUUCCCCAUAUCUUCUUUGAAAGUGGGAGAGAAGAAAGAGGUCUCACUCAUCAUCAAUAAAGUCAUUACCGUUACUUUGGAGGUAUCUCUUGAAGUUUGCUCAUCAACAGACCUCCGUUUCAGCAUGGCACUGUGCGAUGAGGAAAAGUCUUUCCGAGAGCAGCGGAAAACUAAAGUAAUGCACCAUCUGAACAAUUUCCUGGGGACAGACCUGACGUCUACCCGUGAUGUACCGGUGAUUGCAAUAUUGGGAUCUGGUGGUGGAUUCCGUGCCACAGUGGGGUUUGCUGGGGUGAUGAAAGCACUGUAUGAAUCUGGAAUUCUGGACUGUGCAACGUAUAUCGCUGGCUUAUCUGGAUCCACAUGGUAUAUGUCAACCUUGUACUCUCACCCAGAUUUCCCAGUAAAAGGACCAAAGGAAAUAAAUGAGGAGCUGAAGAAUUGUGUCAGUCACAACCCAUUAAAACUGCUCACUCCUCAGAAAGUAAAGCGAUAUAUUGAAGCAUUAUGGAAAAAGAAGAGGGCUGGGCAGCCUGUUACAUUUACAGAUAUCUUUGGAAUGUUGAUUGGAGAAACUCUCAUCCAAAAUAGAAUGAACAACACUUUGUCUGAUAUGAAAGAGAAAAUCAACAAAGCGCAGUCUGCUUUGCCGCUCUUUACAUGCCUCCACGUUAAACCUGAUGUAUCAGAACUGAUGUUUGCAGAUUGGGUGGAAUUCAGUCCCUAUGAAAUCGGGAUGGCUAAAUAUGGUACCUUUAUGACUCCUAAUUUGUUCGGCAGCAAAUUUUUUAUGGGAACGGUAGUGGAUAAAUAUAAAGAAAACCCUUUGCAUUUCUUAAUGGGUGUCUGGGGAAGUGCAUUUGCUAUAUUAUUCAACAGAGUCCUUGGAGUUUCUAAUUCUCAAAAUAAAGGGCCUACAAUGGAAGAAGAACUAGAAAAUAUCAGGAUGCGGCACCUAGUGAGCAACGAUUCAGACAGCGAUGAUGAGUCACAGGGACCAAAAGGCUCAGAAAACCCUGAUGCUGAGAAAGAACGUGAACAGAGCAACCAGGAGAGCUGGGUUCAGCGGAUGUUUAUGGCUCUCGUGGGCGACAGCGCCCUUUUCACCACCCGGGAAGGACGCGCAGGCAAAGUACACAACUUCAUGCUGGGCCUGAAUCUCAAUACUUGCUACCCGUAUUCUCCUUUGGCCAGCUAUGGUACUCAAGAAUCUGUGGACGAGGAUGAUAUGGAUACUGCUGUCGCAGAUCCUGAUGAGUUUGACAGGAUAAUGGAGCCAUUGGAUGUGAAAAGCAAAAAGAUUCACAUUGUGGAUAGCGGGCUUACAUUUAAUCUGCCAUACCCAAUUAUCUUAAGACCACAACGAGGGGUUGACCUUAUCAUCUCAUUUGAUUUUUCGGCACGUCCCAGUGAUUCUAGCCCUCCUUUCAAGGAAAUUUUACUUGCUGAAAAAUGGGCGAAAAUGAACAACCUUCCUUUCCCCAAAAUAGACCCAAAUGUUUUUGAUCGCGAAGGUUUAAAGGAGUGCUACGUCUUCAAACCCAAGAAUCCUUCUUCUGACAUAGACUGCCCAACAAUAAUCCACUUUGUUUUAGCCAAUAUAAAUUUUAGAGAAUACAAAGCGCCAGGUGUUCCAAGGGAAACUCAAGAAGAGAAAGAUUUUGCUGAGUUUGAUAUUUUUGAUGAUCCUGAUACACCAUUCUCCACCUUCAACUUCCAGUACCCAAAUGAGGCCUUCUGCAGACUGCACGAUCUAAUGGAGUUUAAUACCCUGAACAACUUAAAUAUAGUCAAGCAAGCAAUAGCGGACAGUAUUGAGUACAGAAGACAGAACCCGUCGCGCUGUUCUGUGUCCCUCAGCAGCGUUGAGGCGAGGAGAUACUUCAACAAGACACAAAGCAACAACCAUACAUCGGCAUAACACAUCGCAGGCUGUUACCCAGAGCAGAGUCUUCCUGGAUUGGUUGGACAGACAUCAUGAUGAAGAAAAUUGCUUCUGGUAUAAACAGUGCAGAAACGAAAUGUGGGAGUUUUAUAGACUUUAAAAUAGCACUGAGUUCUCUUAUGGUCAUGACAAUAUCCUAAGCCACCUGUCAAGGUAGCUUAUGUUACUACACAGAUGUGCAGCAAUAAGCGCUAGAAAAUUUUGAUACCAUUGUCUGACGAUGAGUUCAUGCUAAUGUGCUCUGUGUACAAAACGCCAGUUCACUCGUACGUUAGCACCAGUGGGAAUAUAAUUGGCUUCUUUAAAAUGUUACUGUUUAUUUUUUAUUACAUAUACAUAUACAUAUAGAUAUGGCUGAAUAUUCUUUCUUGUUACUCUUUAACUUGGUUGGUAAACAGGCUAGACUUUUCCUUUUUUUUUUUAAGCAAGGUUGAAAAUUCUGGGAUGGGGUCUGAAAUGUCAUGGGGGCGCAGAAAGCACUUUAUCUACAACCCUUUCACUUGUCUUCUGCACUAAUAUUUUAGUGUGCGAAAGAGCAACGAAAAGAAAAUCUCCAUGAAGUGAUUUCUUGCUACUUGCUAACUGUCUCAGUUUGCUACAUGAAACCAUUUCAUGCAUCCUUCCUUCAUGGGAUUAGAACAGGCAUGGGCAAACUCGGCCCUCCAGAUGUUUUGGGACUACAGCUCCCAUCAUCCUUAGCUAACAGGACCAGUGGUGAGGGGUAAUGGGAAUUGUAGUCCCAAAACAUGUGGAGGGCCGGGUUUGCCCAUGCCUGGAUUAGAAUCACAUGAGGGGGAAACCAGGGCCCAGAUGACUGGCCCCACUCCAUCUCAUUGCACCCCUGUCACUCCUGUAACUGUCCACAGGUUUUAGGGGAUAGUCUGCAGUGGGGAGCCUGUUCCAUUCAUGCUGGCUUCUGACAUAAUUUUGAACUUUGGUCACAAAGGGUUCUAAAUCUUAGAGGGAUCGUACACAUGUGGAGCAGGCUGGCCACUUCAGACCUUCUCCUCAAUGUGUGGACAGGGUGAAGGAAUGCAGAUGGGGCCAGUAACCAUGACCCCCAUUCCUCCCCUCACACUGGGGGGCAUAACAUCUGAAUGGUGCUAUAGUCUUCCCCCCUUCUAUCAUACUGGACGCGGGUGGCGCUGUGGUCUAAACCACUGAGCCUCUUAGGCUUGCCAAUCAGAAGGUCUGCGGUUCGAAUCCCCGUGACGAGGUGAGCUCCCAUUUCUCUGUCCCAGCUUCUGCCAACCUAGCAGUUCGAAAGCACACUGGCACAAGUAGAUAAAUAGGUACCGCUGCGGCAGGAAGGUAAACGGUGUUUCUGUGCACUCUGCUUUCUGUUGUACCAGAAGUGGUUUAGUUCUGCUGGCCACAUGACCUGGAAAGCUGUCUGUGGUCAAACGCCCACUCCCUCGGCCUGAAAACAAGAUGAGCGCCGCAACCCCAUAGUCACCUUUGACUGGACUUAACCGUCCAGGGGUCUUUUAUACUACCAUUUCUAUGUAGCCCCAUGCCACUGUUGGAAUAUGCAAGUCUUCUAUUUGUAUCUGAUUGGUUGAAUGUUUAGGUUGUUCUAAGGCUGUGUGUCUAAGGCACUGCUUAUGCAUACCUGGAAUGAGACACUUGCUGCUGAAAGCUUCUCUCUUUUUUCACUACUUGAAGCUUUGAAGAGUUAAC